UAGCAUUUAUUGUUUUUUAUUGCCUCUCUGAGGUGGCUUUUGAAAGAGACACCAAAUGACAGGUUUAGAAAGGGUUUAAAAGUUUGACGUGACUGCAGUAGGCACUACUUACCUAGUGGCAAGUGGAAGAUUGGUGCUUCUGUGGAUUUCUGUGACCAUUUGAGCCAAAAGCCAGCAAUGAAUAACUCAACAAGCUGUUUGGCCACUGCAACAAUUUGCAAUGGUUCAUCCUGUGUGGUGCCUGUCAGCAAUUUCAACACCAUUCUAAGUUCGGUCCUGAGUACCGUCUUGACCAUUCUACUGGCUAUGGUGAUGUUCUCCAUGGGUUGCAAUGUGGACAUUAAGAAAUUCCUGGGGCACGUAAAGCGGCCAUGGGGCAUAUGCAUUGGCUUCCUCUGUCAGUUUGGAAUCAUGCCCCUUGUGGGAUUCAUCCUGUCGGUGGCCUUUGACAUCCUUCCCAUCCAGGCCGUAGUGGUGCUGAUCAUGGGAUGCUGUCCUGGAGGAACUGCAUCCAAUAUUUUGGCCUAUUGGGUUGAUGGCGACAUGGACCUGAGCGUCAGCAUGACUACAUGCUCCACACUGCUGGCCCUGGGAAUGAUGCCACUGUGCCUCUUAAUCUAUACCAAAAUGUGGGUCGACUCUGGGACGAUCAUAAUUCCCUAUAAUACCAUAGGUACAUCUUUGGUUGCUCUUGUUGUUCCUGUUUCCAUUGGAAUGUUUGUUAAUCACAAAUGGCCCCAGAAGGCCAAGAUCAUACUUAAGAUUGGGUCCAUCACAGGUGGAGUCCUUAUUGUGCUCAUAGCUGUGGUUGGAGGAAUACUGUACCAAGCUGCCUGGAUCAUAGCUCCUAAAUUGUGGAUUGUAGGAACAAUAUUUCCUGUGGCUGGGUACUCCCUAGGGUUUUUUCUGGCUAGGAUAGCUGGUCAGCCCUGGCACAGGUGCCGAACAAUUGCUUUGGAAACAGGGAUGCAGAACACUCAGCUGUGUUCAACUGUAGUCCAGCUCUCUUUCACCUAUGAGGAGCUUAAUGAGGUCUUCACCUUCCCACUCAUCUACAGCAUUUUCCAGCUCACCUUUGCAGCAAUCUUCUUAGGAAUUUACUUGGCAUAUAAGAAAUAUUGUGGAAAAAACAAUGAGGAAUUUCUAGAGAGCAAAAACAAUGAAACAGUCUCCGAGUCAUCACUCUAUAAGGUGAAUGAAGGAUUUCAAGCACAUGAAAAGUAAACAACAAGUGGACAAAAAAGAAGAAUUCUAAGGAAUAUGCUUCAGCUGUAACAAUAUUUAAUUAUUUGUUUUGAUGGAAUAUUUGGUAGAAAAAAAUGAAGUGAAAUCUUAAUUUCCAAUUGAAUCCAUAUAUAUACAUUGGUUUUGGUACCAGAGAUGGUGAUCCAAAUCUUUAAUAUGACAAAUGUUUAUAUGUAUAUAAAUAUUUUUGUGUCUUAAAAAUAUGCCAAAUAAAUACCCUCAGACCUCAGACUAAACCUGCCAGAAUUCCUGGACAGAACUUACCCAGAAUUUCAUAGCUCAGAGAUGAGCACUUGACUUUUUGUAUUAUAAAAUAGAUCCACUGAAUUAUUAUUAUAGUGAUUAAAAUUUUCUCCAGUAUUUACAAUUGUUAAAAAGAUUGAAAUUAAUGUCUCAUUGACAUAUUAUUUUGAAAAUGUUGGAACCUAUUUAUAUAACUUUGUAGUGUAACAUGGACAAAUAUCUGAUGUCUUGUAUACAAAAAUGCAGAAAUUGUCACUUCUCUAAGUUAUAAUCCAAAAGCAAAAAUAAGAGAAAAGUUACUAAAUAGAAUCUAGUAACCAAAUUAGAAUCAUGACCAUACUCAUCACUGAUAUUAUAUACCCACUAGACUUUUUGCUUUAAAAAAAAUGGCUUGAAUUUAGCAAAGUGUUUUUAAAACCCUGGUGAGGAACUUCUCAAGGUUUGCCUGCAUAAAGCAGGUCCACAUUGGCUAAUAUGACAGCUAUUUGUUUCCUAUGAAGCCUCAUAGUAAGUAUCAUGGAACAAGGAGGUGGCAAGAAUCACAAAGACAGUAGAAGUAUUGGAAGAAACACUACUACUCCAGUGAGUGAAUUCAAUUCAGUGGGAGAUAACAGCUAAUAUAUGGGAAAGCACAAAUAACAGAAACACACUUGAAAUACAUGACAAGAGUCUAAUAGUUGUGCAGAAGUAAAUAACAAUAAGAGAAAUGAAGUCAGAGAGCCAUGGGGGAAGUGAGUAUUAAACAGUAUUUGAGAAAAAAGAGAACAUGCCUAGGUCCAUAAGAAGGAAGGGCAGUGUCAAGUGAGUUCCUUGAAGGCUGUAAGUAGGUGUAGUAAGAAGAAGCAAGUGGAUUUGUUCAAUAGCAGCAGGGUAUUAUGGCAACAGGAAAACAACUGGCUGAAUGUUGGGUUCUUAAUUAUAGUGUCUAAUUUAAUUUCCGUCAUUCUGCAGCAAGAUGCAGGCACAUAACUCAGUUCACAGUGUUUUAGUUCCAUUUUCCUUUUGGACAUUUUUACUGCCUCAUUGACUCCCUUUCAAAUAUUUUGGCUCCAAAGGGCCUUUUGCAUUUAGAUAAUGUGAGUUUAGAUCUGCUGGUGCACCUUGGCAUUACAGGAAUAUGAAUAUUAACUCUUAAUUUAGUUUUAAGAGGUGUGAGGAUGCUGCUUUGCAAUGUUGUAACAUUUAUACUUUUUUAUACAAGAUUCACAUUUACAAUUUAAUAAUACCCAUAUAUUUUUCUAUCACUAGACAAAUAUAUUACAAGGGACUAGGGACUUCUGUUAAAGAUAGUAGGGGAAAUGUGGUGCACAUUUUCUUAUUAGGGAAAGUUAAAGAACAUGAUUCCAACAGUGCAAAAGGAAGACUUUCAGUCUAUUGUGAAAUACUUCCUAUACUUUCUUCAUCAAAUAGGUGACAAGACAGGUGCACUAAAGACACACUGUGAAUUCAUAUCAUAAUUCCCACACACCCAAAGUCAAUGGCCUGGAUGCCAGCAGCUACAGCAAACAGGUUUUUCCUCUCUGCUGAUCAAGAUAUGUGAGUGAAAAAGAACUUGGCUUUCUUACAUGAUGUGGUGUCUUGUGAUUUCUGUUUUCUUUUUUUCCUAAUGUGCUAAAGGGAAGAAAAAUAGCUAAGCUUUUAAAAUGACAGUUCUGCAUUUUUAAAUGACUUUGA